AUGGUGAGCGUCUCCAAAAAGAAUCUGGUAGACCCGCGGCUGCUGAUCGGCAAUCUGGUCCAAGUUCUUCCCGAUCAGCUCUACUUUGCUUGUCUAAAUGAAGAUAUUGGCGAACAUGUAGCCGGCCAAGUUCUGUAUAUAUCGCUACAUGGCAAGGUUAUUGUAAAUUUCAAUCAAACAAUUGAGAAAUUUUCUUUUUUAGUUCCACUACGAGCCAUUUUAUGAAGAUUUCGGCCCAUGGAAUUUAUCAGUGUUAUACCGUUUGUGUAUUCUUGUCGACAACAUUGUCAAUGUGAGUUUUAUCGCGUUGUUUUUUUCAUUUGACACUUUUUUUCGGUUGUAGUGGUUCUCAAAUUGAUUCAUGAAAAUAAAAAGAAAAAAAUGAGAAAAAGCACUUUUUUUGUCAACUGGUUUCGUCAAUCGUGUCAUAAUAAUUGAAAAAGAAAGUUUUUUUGAGUACUGAAAAAUGUUUCGAAAUUCUUCUAUCCCUAUUUGAACCCUAAAAAAUUUCUGAACAAAAAAGUACCAAUUUUCGGAAGAGAAUCAACUUAUUUCAGUCGGAGCACCGACGAGGCCGAAAAGUGGUCAUGUACUGCGCGGACAACGGUCGGAUCGACAUUGAGAAAGUUCGCGUCAACGCGGCCUACGUCAUGGCGGCGUAUUUAGUAGGAAAUCUUCAGAAAACCGUUGGAAAAUUGAUGAUUUUUGAGAUAAUCUAUCAUAACUACACGGCUGACAACGCGUAUCUCGUGAUUGAGGCCGCGCAGCCGCCGAAAUUCAUCGGAUUCCGCGACGCCGCGAUGAGCCACCCAUCCUACUUUUUGCACGUUCAUGACGUCUUGCGCGGUGUUGAAAAGGUGGAUUUUAUUGAUUUUUAGGGAAAAAUUAAUGCCUGUCAUUGAAGAGAGGCUCUCGUAAAACGCUGAAAAAAAAAUCUGGAAAGAGGAAAAAAUAAGGAAAAUUAGAAGAAAAUGUCUACAAAUGUUUCUGGGUUAUACGCAAUCUUUGAUAAUUUCUUGGGAAAAAUUUUGGUUGUCAUUUUAGGGUUUUGACGUUGAAAUUUUAGUGGCCACUUAAGUGACUGAAGUUUAGAGACCUCUUUAAAAGUAAGUGGUAUUACUAGACUUUUUGUGGUAAAAUAGUGGCUUCUAUAGAGGUGGUUUUAGUGACCACUUUAGUGUUCUCUCCAAAUGGUCUUUGAGUAACCUCUUAAGUGACCUCUAGAUGUUCUUUUUUUCUGUUUUUUCUAGGGAAUUUUUGAGACUUCUCGAGUAACCUCUUAAGUGGCCUCUAGAUGUUCUUUUUUUCUGUUUUUUCUAGGGAAUUUUUGAGACUUCUUGAGUAACCCCUUAAUUGACCUUCAGAGUUUUUCCAGAUUUCAGGUUUUUCAUGAAGAAUUUUCAGUUAUAGUCUUUUUUUUUCUCUGUUUCAUUUCAUUUUUGCAGGCCUUACAACUUGGCUGGCUGGACUUUACCGAUUUUGACUAUUUGGAGUACGAACGGUACGAGAAAGUCGAGAACGGCGAUUUCAAUUGGAUCAUUCCCGGCAAGAUUCUCAGCUUUUGCGGCCCCCACAGAGAAAGUCGUGUUGAAGAUGGUGGGUUUUGACAACUUCUUCCAGACCUCAAGUGGAAAAUUCUUCAGGUCUUCUUAAUUUCAUAAUCAAGAUUAUUGCUAGAACUGGACUUAGAUACAUUUUUUUUUAUUUAAGAAAACUUUUUGAUUCUUCAAAGUUAACGGUAAAAGUUAAGUCAAAAGCUAAUAAAAUCGAAUUUUCUGCACGAUUUCGCUCAAGAUUUUUUAUUUAUUUCAUCAAAACUUGAUCUUAUUUUUCUAUAACUUCUUAACGAUUUCUGAGUUAGAGAAAAAAAAAAAACUUUUUUGUCCGUUUUUUUCUGAGAUGUUUCAUAAAUCUCAAUAAGAAUUUGAUCUUCUUUUCCUAUCUUUCUCUCAAACUUUAUUUCCGCAGAAUUUUCUUCUUUCUCUCAACUGAUAAAGAUCUCUAGGCUAUCCCUACCACGCGCCGCACGUUUAUUUCGAUUAUUUCAAUUCGCAUGGAAUUUCGACGAUAGUCCGGUUGAAUGUCAAGGUCUACGAAGCUAAAGAGUUCGUUAAAUUUGCAUUAAAAAAGUAGUAAUUUUUACUUUUUCAGUUUCACCGACGCUGGUUUUGACCACGUCGACCUGUUCUUCGUCGACGGAAGCACGCCAUCUGACGAGAUUGUUCAAAAAUUCAUCGACGUCGUUGAUAAUGCAGAAGGAGGCGUUGCGGUCCAUUGCAAAGCCGGUAGGUUUUAGAAUGCGAUCGGAAAAAAAUCGCCAAAAAAAUGACUUUUUUUGAUUUUUUUUCAAAAAAAAUAAAUUCAGUGUUUAGAAGUUUCGAAAACUUGAGAAAAGACAUCAAAAAAAAUAAUAAAUAUCGAGAAAUAGCGAAAAAUUUGAACUAUUUUUUUCGGUUUUUCCAUCCAUAAAGCUGUCAAAAAAAUAAACAAACCUGAAAAAUUCAACCAAGUGAGUAAAAAUGGUGUCAAUGACGAUUUAAAUUAGAAGUUUGAGCCGAUAAUUUUUAUUUUUAAAUUUUAAGAACGAAAAAAACCAAAAAAAUACUCACCCAUUUUUCGCUGCAGUAUAACAUUUCAAAAAGCAAAAAGAUCGUUUAAAAAGUGCUAUUUUUUUGAAAUGCAUUCUUUUUACGCUCUCUCGUUCUUCAAAACUCAUUUGAAAAUAAAAAAAAACAUUUUAUAUUUACUAGAAAAUCAUACGUUUCUGCAGUCCUUUUUAGGCUGUUUUGAUUUUUGAAUCCCAGUAUUGUUGGUUUCGUGGUCAAAGCAAUUUUAAAACUUUAUUCUUUCGAAACUUUUUCGCGAAAUAAGCUAAAUUGGGAGUCGUUAGAAAAAUUUGGUCCUGCAACGAUAUAUCGUUAUAUGGUGACUUCAAGCGCGAAUUCAACAUUUUGGUUGGAAAUUGUCCGAAUAGUUUAGUGCAAGCAAAAGUCGUCAUUUCGUUUUAAGACCUAACGAUUCCGAAUUUUCCAAUUUUGUAAAUUUCGCAAAAUUUUUGAACGAAUAACGCGCCAAUUUCUUUUAACGAUGGUAAGAGGGAAUUUUGGGUCCGCGAAUGUUCGUGAGCGUGAACUGUGCGUUUUGGUUGAGAAAUGUCUGAAUAAUUUGAAAAUUUGGGACUUCGUGCGUAUGAAAAAGUCGCCAUCUCGUUUUAAAACCCAAUUUUUGUAAGGGCUUUCAAAAUUCCAUUUUUGAGUUCAAAAGAACAACGCGUCAAUUUCGAAACCACAAUCAAUUUGUUGUAAAAUGGCAUAAACUGAUUAUUUAACAGGCCUCGGCCGUACUGGAACCCUAAUCGCGUGCUGGAUGAUGAAAGAAUACGCUUUGACGGCCGCGGAAUGCAUGGCUUGGCUCAGGAUUUGUCGGCCCGGAUCGGUCAUCGGACCUCAGCAAGGCUUCUUGGUUCGAUCCUCCUCAUCUCCUUCAUCACUUCUCAUUUUUUUUAAAGAUCGAAAAGCAACGAUUCUGCUGGUCGUUGUCGAAAAACAACGGCGUUCACAUGGCGAGGAAAGGUCGCUCCGGCGAGAAGAAAAACGUCACUAAGCUGGUGAAUAAGGUAACACAGCCUUCUUUCUUAUUUUGAAGGUUUUUUGAGACAAGCUUUGAAAAAAAGAUAUUUGAGUUUUGAAAGGCAUGCCCUUGAGCUUUGAACGAAAAAUGAUGUUUCAGGAUUUUUUUUUUUUUUGAAGUCUUUAGAAGGAAUCGAACUUGUGGCUUUGAGAUUAUUGAGAAAAAUAUUUCAGGAAUUUUGUUGCAAAAUUUGCUGUUUUCAAGGUGCUACUAUACUUCUGUUCUUGUUAUCAUAAAAUUCGAAACUUUCCAAACCCAUGCAUUUUCAAAAAUGUAUACUUGAACAGGUGGACGGAAUAAAACUGGCCCCACGACGAGACACCUCCCCCAGUUGCUCCCGAACCCUUCCCGCAUCGUUUUGUGACGUCAGGUCCAGGGAAAACUGCCGUCCGCGACCGAACAUUCUGCCGGUGCGCCGGAAGGACCGCCGCCCCGGCGCCGUCGUCCCCGAGGGCAAUUCCAACGACGUUGAUGACGAGGUGAUUCGAUUAGGGAACACUGUUAAUUGGGAUCUCUUGCUUGUGUGAUUGAUACUGUAAGAUUAAUUAAUCUCAUAAUCACGCGAGGAAAAUAAGCGCUUUUUUAAAUCUUUAAUCUUUGAGGUAUGAGUUAAAACUUUUGGAAAUGUGUAUUGAAUCGAAAAGAAAUUACAUUUUACACAUAUAAAUCUGAAGGAGUAGAUAGAGAGAAGAAUUUUUUCAAUUCAGUAAGUUUUCCGACGGUCAAAUUACUGGAAAAAAGAGUCGGAGAAGGCUCCCCAGAGGUACGAAAAAUCCGCUAAUUCAUCAUGAUCAGGUUCAUUUUGCUAUGAAUAUGUUCUUUUCCCAGGACUUCUUAAUUUUUAGUUACAACAGUUUUCCAAGCACCAAUCGACUUCUAUAAAAGUCAGGCUCAUAUUUCCUUCAGUAAAGAUGUCCUUCAGACAAAGCUGGACGAGAAAGGCCGAUCUCAAGGCGACCGACUUCUGGCCAUCAAGGCGCGAAGCCAACACGAACAUCAGAUCGACGCACCGCAGCUGACGACCUUCGGAAGGUCUCAUCGAUCGACGGCGCCGCCCUUGGUCCUCCCCAGCCAGGCCUUCCUCAACAAGAACCGAGAGCCUAUCACGGUUCGUUAUCGUCUCAUAUAUAGCUCAAGUUUGAAGAGAGAAUUUGAAUUUUUUCCAUUCCGAACACAUUUUUGACACCAUAAUAAUCACACUGACAAUUUUUCAGCCAUAGUUUGAUUUUCCUUUUUUUGAAAGUAAAUUAGGUUUAUAUGAACUUAUUUUUGUGAUAGCUCAAGUUUCAAGAGAAAGUUUUGAAAAAAUAUAUCCUUUGAGCUUUUUUUCUAACUUACCACGAGAGCGCUUCAGUUAGAAGAAUUCUUUUUUCAAAAUUCAAUCCAAAAAAAUUUAGUUUUUCCUGUGAUAAACCCAGAAGAAACGAUCAGACAAGAAAAAAGCCAUUUUUCAGCCGCCUCGGUCGAGAACGCGCUCUAACAACAUUAACAACAACCAUACGAAUAAUAUUAACCAAGGACAAAAUAGUCCAACCUACCGUUCUACGCGUGGCGUGGGAAACGCGGCCACAGCUGCCGCCAAUGCGAAAACGGUGAGAAAAUCUGAAAAAUUUGACUGAAAAGGUAAAAAGAAGACGUUUUUUUGUACCAAGACUGACAUAUUGAACUUCACCAUCAAUGCAAAAAGUUUGUAUUCUACAAACUAGUAUCAUUUCUAAACUUUUCACUUAUCAGUUAUCAUUCAUUUGAAACCUGUUAAAUUCUAAAAAUUGCUUCUUCUUCAAGAAGGAUUUCCAGGGAAACGAGGUGUUACAAUUCUCGAAUUCCCUCCUCUACAAGGUAUCAUUGAGAGUUCAAAAUAACCAGUUUUGUGUGAUUCUGUGGUUUUUAAUUUUAAUUUUUGUGUUCGUUUCCAAAUUUUGCCCAAAAAAUGUCACGUUUUCGAUCCGAGAGAAAGAUAUGAAUUUUAUCAAUUUCGAUAUAACUUCAUUAAGAAAAGGGAAUUUCUCUGAUUUUCUUAUCGAUGAUUCUUUAGUUUCUGUUCUUUGUAGUUUCAUUUUCAGUUUUCGUGGCGAUUAUCCAGAAUUUCAGCCCUCAUCGGCCGUGUUCCCGAGCAUCGCCUCUCGACGCUCCGACGCGACGAGAUUCUCCUCCCCGACGACGCCAAUCAAGCCGAUGACGCCGACGACGACGUCGGCGGCUCGUCUGAAUCCUUUCCGAAAUCAUGACGUCACCUCCAGUCCGGUGAGGAAUCUUAUCAAGUAUUAACGAAAAUGUGUUUUUCAAUUCAAUUUAGCCUUAUUAUCAAUUAAUUAUCUAGCUUUUUUGAGUUUCUGGGAGAGAAAAACUAAUGGUAAUUCAAGGGCAAAAAAUGAGAGAGAAAUAAUUUCAAGCGAAAAAACUUUGAUCUGAGGGUGGAAAGAUUGGGAAUGAUUACAUUAAGAGUUGUCAGUCUAUAGUCUUUGCAUGUCCGUAUAGGAAAAUAAAGCUGUGAAGUCGCUAAAAAAAAUUUGGAGUGUAAUCAAAUCAUUUAUUUUGUUGUUUUAGUCUGAUGUAAUCGACUAGGCGGUGAACAAGAACUUUAAAAGCUAUAACGAACAACCGCCUUUGGCGAACUAGAAGUCCAAACGUGUAGUCGAAAGAGUUGAAAGAAUGGUCUUACGGUCCUUCGCCUCGUCCUUCUGCGCGUAGUCCAUCCAGUUGCGCCUUGACGAGCUCAGAAUUUAGCUGAUGUUGUGCUGGAGCCCGGAGACCGUGCUCUAGGUGGAAGCCUCAGAAUGAGAGCGACCACUUCGAGUGAAGAUUUUACACGGAAUGUAGUUAAUUUUUUUCGUAUAUUAUGCUCAAUAGUAUUGUGCGCGGAGUUUUUCCUUAUUUAUCAUAAAUAGGCGUAAACUUUCAUAUUGACUGACUGGAUAACUUUGAGAGAAACUUUUUCUUGUUCUAUAAUCCGGAGCUCCUUAAGUAAACUUCAGCCAAGUUCUAUCAAAAUUUCAAUCGAGGGGUGAAAAACGUUUAUCAGUAAGCCCAAGAGGUGGUGUUGACAAAAAUUAUCGUAAAUUUGAACUUUGGGAGGUAGUACUGAUUUUAAUUUAUGAAAACUCAGGAGACCUUUGAAAAUUCUCUGCCCAUUAAUGCAUUAGAAAGCUAUUUGGAGAUAGUUCUGAUGAGACUUCGCUAUUUCAAAGAUUGUAAAAUACGCUUGUCGUGGUGGUGUAUCAGCUGCGGCCAGUUCUGAUGUAUUAAGGAAAGUUUUUUCGAGAAAAAUUCUGAACCUUUCCGCAUCUGUAUUUUCGUAAUCUUCGUGUUCCACUCGUUCUUUCUCUCUCACUAUCCAACGUGUUGCUCGAUUCUGUGUCUCUGACGUUGUCGUGGUGGUGUUUCAGCUACGGCCGGUCAACGUCGACCCCCAGCGGCCGCCGAACUUUUCGGCCAUUUCGGCCGUUUCUCGCACGCAACUACCCGCAAACGCUCUUCUGAUCGUCCCUCCACAGGAUGCAUGGCCUGUCUUGCAAACCUUUUCCGUUGAGACUUGGUUUCUCUUCUUUUUUUUUCUUUCCAUCCGAUUAAGUAGAGAGAAGACUUCUCAUUUUCUAUGUCUUGAAAAAUAACCACCCUUAAAAAUAUUUCCAAGAAAAAUCGAGCCUUUUUGGUGAAGACGUGAGAACAAGCCCAAUUUUCAAAAAAGUUGAAAAAAUUGUAAUUUGCGAUGGAGCUCACAAGCCUUUUUAUCAAUCUUGGCCCUACUUUUAAAGCUAUUUUCUUCACUUCCAGCCAUUUUUUGAGAACUUUUGUUUAAUCGAGAUUUUUCUUCGUAACUGCGAUAGUUUGAAAUUGAAAUUAACGCACCUAAAAGAUUUCUCACGGUCUGAAAUGGAGGUAUUUGUCGAAUUUCUCCCACCUCCGGUUCCUUUUCCUGUUGCUUUUCCUUUUCUCUAACAAACUUAUUUUCAUUUUUCGUUCAACUUCUCACUGUCUCCUCAACUGUCAAAUAUCGUUACUCAUUAAAAAUACUGUGAAUAGUGUUCCCUGUUAAUGCCUGUAACAUUGUUGUAUCUUUGGUUUUUUUUUGUUGAAAUUGUUGAAUGAAUUUGUCAGUGUUUUCAAUAAUUCUCAAUGCACGUCUGUUGGCAAUUGAUUUUCACGUGGUAUUGGAUGAAAAGUAGGGAAAAGCUCAGAUUUAUGUGAUUAAAAAAUUAAAUUUCAUCAACCAUCUCAGGCAAAUAAUCUAUGUUAAAGUAAAUAAAAGUUACAAGUACCGUAACUCCAGUCGCCUGAACACCUAACUGAAAAAUUUUUAAGUCGAAAAAAAGCUUUUUUUGGGAUUUUUGUUUUUUGAGAGAAAUAUUGGGUGAUUCAGUACUAUUUUAAACUCGAGCGUCUUUUUUUUUUUAAAUAUCCCAACGCUUUAAAAAAGGUUCCAGAAAAUUUUCUAAAGUUUCCAAAGAUUUCUAGGGCUCUGAAAAAAUGAAAAAUAAGCGACUUUGCUUCAUAUGUAACAUUACUGAUCUUCUUUUGUAGUAUUUUGAAUCUUAAGAUCUCUCGGUGUACGGUAAGCGCGGCGCGGAGCGACUUCAUGCGGAGUAUUUUCUCGAUGGAAGCGUCGAUGACAGCGAAAACGAACGCUCAGCGGAAGAUCCAGCUCGCCAGGUACUUUCACCUUUUUUUUGAUAAUUUAUUGAUGGGAAUGACGUCAGGCCACGCCCAUAUCCCCCACAAGGAGUUCGGGUCGAAUUGGCCGCCAAUGGAAACGCCUACGACCUUCGGCCGAGGGUGAUCCGAGAACAGGGAUCUCCUCCCGGGUCCCAACUUCCCCCCAAUACUGAUGCCUUGCUUGGGGUGAGUUUUUGUUAGGAUAUGAAAUAGGAGAAUCAGUAGAAAGCGAAAAAAAAAGGUUUGAAAUAACCAGGGUAGUCCAUAGUCCUUAGUCCAACUGAUGAAAAAAAAAAUUGGAAGGAAAGAAAAAUCCACGGAAGAAUUGGCCUGAAAUGGAUAAAAAUUGAUUUUAUGUACAAAAAUGGCUGCAAAAAAAACGAUUUCGAAGAGUAGCAAAAAAAAAAAUAAAAAUGCAUCGAAAAAUUUGAAAUUUAAUCAGACCGAAUAUGUGCAGAAAUUUGAAUAAAUUAAGCAUAUGAACCUCAAAAAAAGAAGCUUUCAAAAAAACUGCACAAAAAUUGAUAACUCAUUGUUGAGUCUCCUGAAUAGCUAGAAAACAACUCAAAAAAUUAGUUAAGAAAAAAAUGAAUGACUUUGAAAAAAGUAGAUUUUUAAAAAAAUAAAAGAAAAAUAAUCUUUUUCUUAAACUUACGAAAUGGAUAAAAUACUUUUUUUCGCAUGACUUCAUAGACCAAGUAGAUAAGCCGCGUUAAAAUUAGCUUCGAAAAGUUGCUCCAUGGCUAAUUUGCAAUCUCUCGGACCUCGGUAACGGGAACCGGACGUUUCUAAGCGAAUCUAGGGAUCACUUAAGGGUGCUGACGCCGCUCAAGUGGUCACUAGACAUGCUAAGAAAGGUCCGUUAUCAAUAUCCGAAAAAAUUGAAAAUCCUGAGUUUCAACUUUUUUUUCCCACUUUUAAAAAUCGAUACUAUCAACCAAUGAAAAACAUUAAAGUUCUCUUUUUCAGAACCGCCGGAAAAAGCGAUCUACAUGA